AUAUAUAUAUAUAUAUAAUAUUUUAUGAUAAAAUGCACAUUUAUGGAUAUAUAAAUAGAAUGGUUAAUUGGCCAGCGCACUCUAAAAACAAACUUCCAAAACUAUAAUAUUCUCUUUAACAAUGCUGAGCAACUUAUGCCUCGAAAUUAUUCCUCCAAAACACCCUUCUCCGCUCCAAUCACCUGCCGUUCACCGGGUUCAUCUGUCACCGCUCACUAAGGCAAGACCACAACAACCACCACCUCCAACAGCAGCCCUUUCCAUUUCCACGUCUGUCAACGACAACCGCGUCACUACCACUAGUAAUAUCCCAAUAAUAACUUCCCAAAACGACGCCGUCGAAGACUCCACUGCUGCAUUUUGGGACUAUCAGUUUCUAUUUGUUUCCCAACGAUCGGAGACAGCUAAACCGGUAACACUCCGAGUCGUGGACGGCGCUGUUCCGACUGAUUUUCCCAUCGGUACGUAUUACUUGACGGGACCAGGGAUAUUCUCAGACGAUCAUGGCUCGACGGUGCACCCUUUGGAUGGGCAUGGCUACCUCAGGGCCUUCGUUUUCGACUCCUCUCAGGAGGUCAAGUUCAUGGCUCGGUACGUGAAGACUGAAGCCCAAACAGAAGAGCAUGACUCGGAAACUGACACGUGGCGGUUCGCUUACCGGGGGCCGUUUUCUGUGUUGAAGGGAGGACAGAAGCUUGGGAACACGAAGGUGAUGAAGAACGUAGCCAAUACAAGCGUUUUAAUGUGGGGAGGAAGGCUGCUGUGUUUGUGGGAAGGUGGCGACCCUUAUGAGAUUGAAUCUCGAACGUUGAAUACCAUCGGAAAGCUUGAUUUGAUCAAUGGCUGUGAUUCGGUUUCGGAUGCUGUUUAUAAUAAUAAUAAUAAUAAUAAUAAUAAGGUGGAUGACGACGAUGAUGAUGCCUGGGGUUUGGCCGCGCGCCUCUUGAAACCAAUUCUAUACGGAGUGUUCAAGAUGCCUCCCAAACGAUUGUUAUCUCAUUAUAAGCUGGAUAUUCAAAGGAAUAGGCUCCUUACCGUGUCAUGCAAUGCAGAAGAUAUGCUACUUCCCCGCAGUAAUUUUACAUUUUAUGAAUUCGACUCAAAUUUCAAAUUGUUGCAUAAGAAAGAGUUUCACAUAUCUGAGCACUUAAUGAUUCACGAUUGGGCUUUUACCGACAGUUACUACAUAAUAUUUGCCAACAGAAUCAAACUUAAUGUUCUUGGUGCAAUAACAGCAGUAAGUGGGGUUAGUCCAAUGAUAGAGGCAUUAUCAGUAAAUCCAGACAAAACCAAAACGCCAAUUUACUUGCUUCCUCGAUUUCCUGAGGAAAAUAAAAUAAAACGUGAUUGGAGAGUGCCACUGGAAGCAAAUUCACAGUUGUGGUUACUCCAUGUUGGCAAUGCUUAUCAAACUUUGGAGGACAACGGGAAUAAGAUCAAUAUCCAAAUACAUGCUUCUGCUUGUUCUUAUCAGUGGUUCAAUUUCCGCAAACUAUUUGGUUAUGAUUGGCAUAAUGGUAAAUUAGAUCCUUCAAUUAUGAACUUAAAUCAUGGCAAAAAUGACACCUUGCCUCACCUACUUCAGGUAUCUAUAACGGUAGAUGCUGAAAAUUGUAACUGUGAAGUUGAGACUCUGAACAAAUGGAGCAAGUCAUCGGAUUUCCCAGCUAUAAACUCAGCAUUUUCAGGCACCAAAAACACUUACGUAUAUGCAGCAUCGUCGUCAGGGUCACGCCCAACUUUGCCUCAUUUUCCGUUCGACACAGUGGCCAAGCUAAACGUUGUAAACAAAUUCGUACACACAUGGUCUGUUGGUAACCGACGAUUCAUCGGAGAACCUACUUUUGUUCCCAAAGGAACUGAAGAAGACGACGGCUACCUUCUCGUUGUUGAGUAUGCAGUUUCAAUACAGAAGUGCUUCCUAGUUAUACUGAAUGCCAAAAGAAUUGGCCAAACCGACGCUCUUGUGGCCAGACUUGAAGUCCCUAAACACUUGAACUUCCCUCUUGGUUUUCAUGGGCUUUGGGCAAAUUCCAACUAAUUCUCAUUUUAAAUU